AUGAAUUAAUCUGGACAAUGUGUACAAUAAUGUCCUAUGGAUUGUUUAACUUGCAAUGUUAAUACUUGUUUAACUUGUAAUAGUAAUAGAGUCUUAUUAAAUGGAAGGUGUGUUUGUGCUUUACCUGAUAAUACAAGAUUUUGCAGAGCCUCUUGUUCGGAUAUUAAUUUUGGAAAAUUAGCUGCAUCUUUGACAUCUCCAAGUUCUAAUAUUCUACUCUCAAAGUUAAAUUCAAACUCAUUAUCUCCUUCUACUAUAGUUAUGGAUACGAUUAUUGAUUCUUCCAUUUCUUGUUCCCUUAUAAGUUCGCUAUAAUAGGGUAUUAUUUCAACUGAUAAAAAUAAUUACAAUUCUCUAUUGUUCAAGCCUUAAGAAAUUCAGAUUGACCAAAGUCCUUUUGGCAAUCAAGCUUCGUAUUUUAAUUUUGUUAAGGAUAAUGUUCGAUAUUUACUCUUUUAAAAAGAUGCUACUACCCUAAAUUUAAGAAUGCAAUACUAAUUUGCUACAGUGGCAAACAAUGAAAAUAUUCAAAUUAACGCAGUACCUAAAUCAUCUCUUAAUUAAUAAAUUAUAACAUUUAAUGUUGAUAGCACAGAUACUGUUGUAUUAGUGUUCACUUAUAAUAUUAAUGAUCCUCCAACUAUUACAAGUUCCAUUAUAAAUAAAAUUUAUUAAUUAAAUAUCCAAUUGAGUUCAUCUUAACCAGUUAUUCUAUUAACAGAAUUCUAUGUUAGCAGUGCAACCUUUAGCGCUGCUACAAAUGCAUAGUUAAUAACUGUAGCAAACUAUAUAGGCCAAUUAUAUUGGUAGGGCAUAGCAUUCGAAUGCACUCCUCAUCCUAAGAAUACCAAAUAAAUCUUUUGGGAAAAUCAUCAAUUUUUACUUGAAGUUAUACCAACUAAUUUAUUGCCAUUAAAAGUAACAGAUGGUUCCAAUUAUAUUUCAACAGCACUGUCUUCGAGUAAAUUCACUGGAAAUAGUGCAUUGAUUCAACUAAAUAAUGUAGAUAUUAAUUAUUAGACUACAUCUAUAUAAUAUGAUAGUAGUGGAUUUUCAUAUUUUACUGUCUAAUUUCCAGAAAUAUUAGUAUUUGGAUUGCAUAUGCUAUCAUAAUUCAUAUUCAGCUAAUUUACAAUUUAGCAUUUUAUUACUACUGGAUAUUAAAUUAACACAUAAUAGCUUACAUAUACAAGCAAUAAUUAUUAAUUUGUUGGCUAUAUGGUUGAUAUUUAUGGUACAACAUCUGUUAAGACUUUGAUAUUCGGUUUCAAUUAAGGACACACAUUUAAUGUAGUUUAAAAUGCAAAUAAUGUUUUGAUAACUGUGAGUGGAGCUAAUGUCAAAUAGAUUAAUUUUGCAGUUAUGGCUUUUGAUGAUACACUAAUUAAUAAUUCAUAUCAAACCAUUUUUGAAUAAUACAUCUAAUUGUUAAUAAAGUCAAUUGAAUUAUCUACUAGAACACCAUUACGAUUUGUCAAUCAAUAUUGGAAAUUGAAUCCUAUAUCAAUACCUGGGACAAUUGAGGCUUUAACUGAAUAAAUAGGAGGAUACUUUAUAAAUAAGGGAACAAAUGCAAUAAAUACUAAAUUUCCAUUUGAUAUCUCUCAUAAGAUCAGCACAAAUCUUAAAUAAAAUAUUAUCUAUACUAAUGGAUAUUUAGUAAAUGGAGAUUCAGCCUUUGGUAAGUUAACUAAGUACUUUACAUAAGCGAAUGAGAAGUUUGUUUUAGGAGCAUAAUUAAAUAAUAUUCAGUAUAUUUCAAUUUCAAUGGCUUCAACAGAUACAUUUGUAUCAUGUUCAUAAUCAGAAACUUUGUAUAAAGAAAUCUAUGCUUAUGUAAGCUUGUGUAAGAGGACUGAAACUUAAGUUUAUUAAAUAUUUAUCAUCAAUUUGAAUGAAUAUGAUGGCUCUAUUGUAUUAUCGUAAAGCAGUACUGAGGUUAAGAUAAGCAAUAUUCAAAAAAUCAGAUAAUUAUAUUACUUAAUGGUCGUAUCUAAAAGUUCUAACAAUCUGAAUACUUAGGCUAUCAUUUAGGAUAUUUAUCAAGGAAUCCUAAAGUCUACUGGAUAUUUUGGAUUUGAUUUUCAGUGUUUAGCCUACAAUAACGAUCUUUAAUGUGAAACUUAUAGAACUGGAUACAAGACAUCAAUGAACAAUGAAUUUGAUACAGCAUAGAAUUUAGUUACUGAUGUUUAAAAUAUGAAUGGUAAGAAAUGCAAUUACUUUAAUUUUGACAAUGCUGCAACAAUUCUCAAAAAUAAUAAAAAUACUGUAAAUACACUGGUGACUACUCAAAUUUUAAAUUUCAUAUAACCAACAGUGAAGGAUUACUAUUUUUAAUAUGAUGCUUUGGAGAUUGGGAGAUUGACAUCAUCUGCUAAGCCAAAUGAAUACCUGCUUGCUCCAAAGGCUGGACAACAAGAAGUUUAGAUGAUAACCCCUACAUUUUUUGGUGCUCAAUCACAAAUUUACUAAUAUAUUAAGAACAUGUUGUCAGUGACUUUAAUUGAAACGAAUAUUGAUCAGAUUAUUAUUGAAAAUAAGCUUGCCAAUAAUAAUCGAGGGUAGAUGAAGUCAAUUUCCUAUUAUUUCAGUAAUUACGGUGUAGUAUAUAAUUCAGUUUGUGUUACCACUUACGACACUUAAAUCUUUCCAAAUACUUUUGAAUGUUUCUUAAGACCUUUGAAUUCAGAUUUUGAUACUAUUGAUAUGCAGUUGACUUCUCCUCUGCAAAGUUUAACAUACAAGAUAAAUCAGAAAAAUAACAUUAUGUUAGUAUACAUGCUAUUAGCUGAUUUCGGACAGACCCCCACUCCAGAGACCAAGAUUUAAUCAAUUAGUCAAUAGAUAUACGAAUAAGUUUUGAAUUCAGUUUAAAAUGAUCAAUGUAAAUGUUGGGGUAGAUACAGAUAAAAGGAGAAUAAUUGUAGGUGUUAAGAUGGUUAUUAUCCACCAGCAGAUACGGCAUUUGGAUUACUUGAUUGCCAACCUUGUGAUUAUAAGUGUCUAACUUGUUAGUUCUCUAAAACAUAAUGCAUUAGUUGUCCAGUGAAUUCAAAUAGAGUCUUAGACCUUACUUUAUUUACUUGUGAAUGCAAAACAGGUUAUUUGGAAUUAGGUGUUAUUUUAUGUAGUCCAUGUAACUAUACUUGUGGAAAAUGCAGUGCAUUACCUGAAAAAUGUACUGAAUGCGAUAUUCUGCAACAUAGAACUUGGGAUAGUACUAACUUUCUAUGUCCUUGUAAUGAUGGUUAUUAUGAUGAUGGAGUCAAUUCACUUUGUGCAAAUUGUGAUCAUAGUUGUAGUAAAUGUACUUAAGCAGGUAAAGUAUGUUAAGCUUGUGUAUUAUCUGUUUUUAGAACUCAAUAACCAGAUAAUACAUGUCCAUGUGAUCCUGGAUAUUAUGAUGAUGGUCUUCAUUCUUUAUGUUAACCAUGUGAUUACACUUGUUCUACAUGUGUAGAUACAGCAACUAAAUGCACUGGAUGUAAACUUAACUCCCAUAGAACAUUGUCUAAUAAUGAAUGCAUUUGUGACGCUCAUUAUUUUCAUGUCAAUCUAACAUGGGAUUGUUAAUAAUGUUCAAUUUAUUGUAAUGAUUGCACAGGGUCAGCUAGAAACCAAUGUACUAAUUGCCAAGCAAUCUAGAAUAGAGAAUUAGUAGGUACAAAUUGUGAAUGCAAAAUUGGAUUCUUUAAGGACGCUUUAGAUUCAGCUACUUGUCCUCCUUGUGAUUAUUCAUGUAAGAGUUGCAGUAUGACGAGCAAUCAAUGUUUGAGUUGUGAUUUGGUUAAUAAUAGACUUUAUGAUUCAUUUAAUAAGAUUUGUAAUUGCAAGGAAGGUUACUUUGAUGACGGUGUAAGUGGAGCCUGCUAACAAUGUUCAUACAGAUGUAAGACUUGUGUCAAUAAUGCUAAUUAAUGUUUGAGUUGUCCCUUAAAUACGAAUAGGAAAUUUGAUGCUGUCACUAACACAUGUAAAUGUUAACCAUCUUUUUCUGACACAGGAGUAGCUGUUUGCAUGAAAUGUCAUGCGAGUUGUUAGGAAUGUUAAACUACAACAACCACUUGUAUAUCGUGCAACAUUAAUAAAACAUUUAGAAUUGACAACAGUGCCUUAAAUAAUACUUGUCCUUGUCAAUCUGGCUAUUUUGAUGAUGGAAUGAAUAUGGUUUGCAAAUUGUGCCAUCCUCAAUGUAACACUUGUUCUAGUUUUUCUGUCUGCACCUCAUGUAAUACUCUUUAUGGAAGAAUCGAUAAAAGUAAUAUCAAUAACACUUGUCCUUGUAAUGACGGGUUCUUUGAUGACAACAUCAAUAAACAAUGUUAGAUUUGCAAUUACAGUUGCUAAACAUGCAUUGAAAAGAAUACAAAAUGUGUUUCAUGUAAUACUACUGGAACCUAGAGAUCAAAGUCUUUGGAUUCUUGUCCUUGCAAUGUAGGAUACUAUGACGAUGGAACUGUGACUUGUCAACCUUGUAACUUUAAAUGUCUUACUUGCAAAUAGAAUAGUGUUUCAUGUACUUCAUGUCCAUCAAGCAGACAAGGCUCAGAUUGCUCAUGUAAGAUUGGCUAUAUAGAAACUGGAGUCAAAGAUUGUCUCGCGUGUCAAUUUAAAUGUGGACUCUGCACUUUGGCUGAUUUAAAUACAUGUUUAUCCUGCAACUUGAAUAGAAUCAAUCCUCCUGCUUGUGACUGUGACACUAGUUAUUAUGAGUUAGAUAACAAAUGUUUGCCUUGUCCAAAUUAAUGUCUCUCUUGUGAUGUCACCACCACUUGUUUCACAUGUAAAGGUGACAGACUCAAUAAUCCUAUUUGCAAUUGUCCAGAUGGCUAUUAUGAAGAUGGAGUCUCCUUAAAUUGCUAGCCCUGUUAUGGAUUCUGUGCCACUUGUAACAUAGAUAAGUGCAUGACUUGUUAAGGAAAUAGAAUCUUGAAACCAAAAUAAUGUGAUUGUCCUGAAAACUCUAUCAGCCAUCUCAACACUCCCUUUUGUUCCAAUUGUCAAGUAGCUGUCAUCUAAGCCUAAUUCACUAGUGAUUUAAGCAUCAUUUACAUCACCUUUCCAUUCAAUGUACAAUUUCCAUCAGUCAAGAAGUUUUCUUCUUCAUAAGCUUGUUAAUUGACAUUCUCAACCAGUACUUAUUAGGCUCUAGGAUAUUCUCCAUUAUGUUCAAUUACUCAAGGUAACACACUUCAAAUUGAAUUAUCCGAGGGAAGUAGUAUAACUAUUGAUUUCUAAAUUGAAUUCAAGGAUGAUUUUAUCACGAAAACUGGAUGCAGUGAUACAUUAAGCAAAUUUAUUUUGUCAAGCUUCACGUACAAUUCAGUCUAACUGAAUCCUCAAUUUGAACUCUCCUCUUAUAGUGAUCAAAUCACCAUCUGUUAGGAUAUCCAAAUCAAUAUUCUCAAUAAGUAAGUGGAUGGAAAGAGAGACUUCACAGAAGUUAUUUGGACAAUUGUUAAUAUGAAUCCAUCAAUAUAAUCAGUGGCUUAAUAUCUAUCUUAACUAUUGGCAGAGGCUAAUUCUAAAAAUUAUCAAUCAAUUAAUAUUGCUGCUCUUUCACUUAGUGAAUAUGGCACAUAUGUGAUUUAACUGAAGGCUAAAAAUUUCAGAGGAUAAACUUAUACUGCUCAAACAACCAUAUAAACUGCAUCAUAUGAGUCACCAAUUAUUAAAUUAGAUUCAAAUUAAUAGUUUAUCUUCGGAAGAUGGGAAGACUUAUCGUUUACAAUCUAGCUCAAACAUUUAUCAUGCUACUCAGAUAAAGUAAUUGAAGUCUUUGAUGCUUUAAGAGUUAAUUGGACUGAAGUCGCCAAGACACCAAAUGAAACAGUUAGUAUUCUCAAAGAAUCAGUCAUCUCUGAAACAGAUGGCAUGACAUUUUUAAACACUUUGUUGAUUCCAGCAUAUACAGCUGUCAUUGGAUCAACUUAUACCUUAAGUGUGACAGUAUCAUUGACUAAUAAACCAAUCAAGACAUCACUUCAAUUUACAAUAACAAUAAUUAGUAGUCCCAUGCAGGCCUAUAUCCAAGGUGGAACAAGAACUUAAUCUUUCAAUGAUUAUGCAGUUCUGAAUGGGUUCUGUCGAGAUCCUGAUCUUGAUUUCCCAUGGAAUAAAGAUCCAGAUAUUACAUUCAAUUGGAAAUGUAUCAAUCUAGCCACUGGUGCAAGUUGCACAGAUUCAAAUAAAGAACUCCUAGAAUUAAACGUAACUGAGUCAAUCCAGACAUUUAAGCCUAGAGUUCUAGAUCCUUAUUAGCCACUUUAAUUUGUUAUGAGAAAUACAAAGCAUUCAACUAUUUUGAUUACUUAAAUUAUUCUGUUAGUCAUUGAAAAUGAUUUACCUAAUAUUUAAGUAAGUUACCCGUCAGGAUAUGAUAGCAGAUAAAUCUUAUUGCAUGAAGAACUCAAUUUUACAUUAGAUACAACCGUUGAUCCUGAUUCAUUAAAGUACUUUUGUUAAAUUGUAUAUAAUUACAACAUUGUGGCUUCCUUUACAUUUAAGUUCCUAUAAGUCAAGUUUCGUAUUUGGGAUUAUUGGGAGGAUACUGAUCAAUCAAUUAAUGCAAUUUAAAUUAAAAUGGCUGCCAAAGAUGUCUAUCAUUUCAUGCCUUCAAGUACUUCGGUUAAUUUAUAAUUGAAUAUACCUCCUGAAAAUUGUAGAUUUUCUGUAACUCCAUCUACUGGAACAUCUAUUACUGAUCUAUUUGUAUUAUCAGUUACUAAUUGCUUUGACUUUUAACUUCCUUUAUAAUAUCAAUUUCAUAUUUAUUCUAGUUAGAAAACAUUAGAUAAUGAUAACUUAAUAGGAGAAACAAUAAAUAAAAAAUCAAUAACAGAUAAAUAAUCAAGUUCUUAAUUGUAAAUAGUAUUGCCAACUCCUAUAAAUCUAGAUAACAGUAUUGCUUAUGAAUUAGUUCUGGUAGCUAGUAUAUAUGAUAAUAAUAAUGGAAUGAAAAAUCUAACCAAAACAGUUAAAAUCAAUAGCAUCUACCAGAAAAUAGAAACAUCAGAUUUCUAAUCAAUUUUAUUAUAAAUCAGAAGAGCACUCAAAUUAAGCGACACUAUAGAUGAGUCAGCUCUUCCUUCAUUGUUUAUAGGCAGUCAAGAAUUGUCAACCUUAUAUAGUUAAUUGUAGCCAGAGAAAAAGGCUUAAAUGAAAAGCAUACUAAAAGAUAUUUAUUCUAUUUUAUAAUCAUUUUAAGGUAAAAUGACAAGCAAAGUUUUAGAAGAAUCCCUUUUAUCAUCAAUCGCAGCUAUUGGUAGAACUGGGAUCAAUUAUGAAAUGGAUGGAGCCAAUGUUGUAGAUUUCUAUACAAUAAAGUAAUAGAUUAAAAAAACUGUCAAAUAGUUAAAUAGAUAAAUAAAUGAUUUGGAUUAUUAUUUAAAAUAAAAAUAAAAGUCAGGAGGAUCAACAUCAAAAUUUGAAGAUGCAAUUAAAGCUUUAGAUAAUACCCUUCUUAAUAGUGGUUUUGUAACUGAUACAUUAUUUAAUGCAAUCAAAUCUAAUUCAUUUUAAGGAGCAGAUGUUACAGAUGCAGAUGUUAAUUUACUAAAAGAAUAAAUUCAAUAAAUAAAUAAAUUAGUAGCAGUAGCAACUUUAAAGAGAAGUUUAGCCAAUGAAAAACCUAGACAAUAUGCAGGUUAAUAAAUGGGUAUGUAGGCCUACAAAUCAACACCAGCUUAAAUUGUUUCAGUCUUAGGUAAUAAGAUCACGCCUCUCUUUUUUGGAACAGAAUCUUAGGCAGAUGAGGAUAUAUCAGGAUCUGGAAGCAAUGAUAACUUGAAUUUAGAAGAAGAAGCAGAUGAAAUAAAUUAUGAUGAAUAUCUUUCUAUGUUAAAUGGAACUAAUAGCACUAAUAGUACAAAUAGUACGAAUAGUACAAAUAAUACGAAUAGCACAAAUUCAGGAAAUAAGAGAAGACUUCUAUAAUUUGUUGAAUGGAUUUAAAACAAAAACAAUCUUCAUUAUUUAAGAAAUUUAUAAUAAAUAAAUCCUACAACUGUAAAAUAAUAUGAAGUGAGUAUGUCAAAUUAUGCCACAAGUCCAAAUUUAAAUGAUCCUAAAUUUUAAACUUAACUCAAAGUUAAUCAAACUAAUGAUGUUACCAAUUCAUCAAAUAUAACUCAUGAUUAAUCUAUAAUUAGUAACUUUGGUACUAUUUAACCCAAUAUCACAAUGACAGAGGAUGGCAAUAGUACAGAAAUAAAAAGCCUUGAUGGUCAAAGCAUUAAGUUAUCAUUUUCGGCACCAUAAAAUGAUAGCACCAAUUCAACGAUGGAAUGCUAUUCUGAGGCAAAAGAUACAUGGGAAACUGGUACAUGCAAAAUAAAGAAGGAUGUGGAUUCUAAAGGUAAUAUUGCAUAUGUUUGUGAUUGUGUUGUUGUUAAUCCAACAACAGUCAUAACAAAAUUAGAUAGUUUUAUUUCAAACAAAUUAAAUGCAGUGUUUAAUGCUGACUCUUUGAACAUCUUUUUAUAAAUUUAAUUUUGGAAAUAUGCCAUCUUUUAUAUUGCUAUUGGAUUCACAGGUGCUUAUGUUGCUCUCAUGGUUUUGGGAUUAAGGAAGGAUAAUUAAGAUUUUAUAGAAGAAAUCACCAAAGAAUUGUAAUUUACUGAUUAAAACAUUCCAGAAAACAUUAAAAAAUUGAAGUAACAAAUCAAUGAUCUAAUUAUUGAAGAGUAAAGCAAUGAAAACUCAAUUGAUAUAGAAGAAGAUAAUAAGGGAGUAGUGAAGAAAGAAGAUAUGAAUAAAUUGGCUUUAUUUACUUUAAAAGGAUAAAGUGAUUUGGAAUUCAAAAAAGAUGAAGAAGGUAAUUUGAUUAUUCCUGAAGAGAGAGAUAGCAAUAUCUUAAAUUAGAGAGACAUUCAAAGCUUAUAAGUAGAACGAAAUAAAGCUAAAAUCAAUUUCAAAUAAGUUCAAGAUUAGUUACAAUAACAUUAACUCUAUAAUCCCUCCACAAAUAAGCAAUAAGGAAGAGCAACAGAACUAUCAAAGGUAAUUAAAAAUGUUUAUACAAUUCAUGAUUUAAAAUAUCAACAUGGUUAAGAUAUCAAAUUGAAACCUUUAACAUUAAAAGUUCUUUGGGAAGGAAUACUAGUAAUUAUAUAUAUAUUAACAAUAGACCCUUCAUAGAGUGUUGUCAAUAUUGAUGUUAUAUGAUGAUGUUAUUAGUAGACCUGCUAGAUUUGCUUUGAUUUAUGCUAAAACUAUUUUAGUGUUAGCAUUAUCAGCAUUGUUUUCUGGUAAUAUGGGACCUGUUUAUGGUACUUUGAUAUCAGUUGGAAUUGGUUAAGUCAUCAAUGUGAUUCUAUCCAUCAUUACAGUUACAAUGAAAGCUUCUCCAAUCCUCAAAUUUUUAGGAAUUCUAUUAACCAUUGCAAUCUCUGCUGUUUGCUGGUUCAUUGUAUUGAUGCUUUCUGCUAGCAUGGAAGAAACCUAAGUAUUUGAUAUAAUAUUAUUAUAGGCCAAUAUAUGGGCAGUUUAAUUCGCAUCAACCUAAGUUAUUGAUCUAAUCAUUGUAGAGUUCCUUAUUAUAUCGAUCAAACUUUCCAUAUAUCCUUGGGCCAUCAAAGCAUUACAUGAUCCUGACGCGAAUGCUUCUAAAAUUCUUGCUAAUUUACUGUUUAUUGCAGUUGCUUAACCAUAAAUUUCAAAGUUCUUUGAGGUGGAAGAUAAGAAAGACAAUUUUGAAGCAUGA